AUGUACGGAAAGUCCGUUCUUGCCUUGGCUCUCUUGUCAGAGUUGAUUGCUGCACGCUCCGUCGGACAUGCCUUUUCUCGUCGUAGUGUUGACUGCACCUUCACGAUAGCUGCCAGUUCUGGAGACACUUGUGAGACCUUUGCUGACAGCUGGGGCAUAACCACCAAGGAGCUCAAGUCCAUCAAUCCUGAUCUGGACUGCGCCAAAUUCGAUGACAACGCUGAGUAUUGUGUCUCUGACUACCGCAACUUCCAACACCGCUGA